AUGGACGCAAAUGAUAAGAAGCGCAAUAAGUUAGGAUAUCAUCGAACCUCUGUCGCAUGUGUGCACUGUCGACGACGAAAGAUCCGAUGUCUUGUAGCGCCAGAUGAUACGGAAGGACGAUGUGAAAACUGCAUUCGAUUGCGAAAGGAUUGUCAGUUUUUUCCAGUGGAUCAACAACCACCGAUUGAAAAGAAAUCACGACCAAGCUCGAGAUUGGAAACACCCUCAACCGAGCGUUCAAACACUACACCAAUUGCUUCCUCUCCGCCUAAUUUGAUGCCCGAUCCCGCCGAGACUUUCUACCCAUACCAGGCUAUGCCAAUGAACACCUCGUCUUCGCAGGACAUGUCUACCUACAACGUCGGAAUGGUUCAAACCACCAUGAGUCUAACGCCAGACCGACCCAUGGGACCAGGAGACUUUGCUGGACAUCCACCGAUGGACGCCGGGGUCGCGUGGGACGAAUUUACGACGAUAGCAGACCCGCAGCUAUUGAAUACGAUGGCAGCCGCAAAGGGUCAGAUGAUGAAUAUGUCACCCAAUGUAUGGAAUCCCGGAAGCAUACCCACAGGCCUACCACCCCCUUCACCGAUAUCUGCAGCAUCGUCAAUGGGAGGCCAGCCGAUGGGCCAGGCGCCGGCAUAUGCUAUGCAGCCAGACGGAACAGUUUGGCAGGUCCCACCGCCACCGCCACGAACCAUGAGCUAUCCUGGACAAGACAUAGGCUCAUCAUACCCUAAUCAAUUCCACCAACACAUGCCCCCAGAGCUCAAACGGAGAAUGACAACACCCGCACAAUCCCUGUCUGCCACGAGUGCCAUGGGCCAAGGCUCGCCAGGAACGCCGGAGAUGCAAACACCAGGCUCGGUAUCAUACCCGCCAGGAGUUAACUACCCGCAGUGGCAGGAUAUGAGUGCCAUGUCUGCAAUGGGCGUGGUGUCAUACCCUAUGUACGCCGGUGACCCAGUUUCACAACAUGCAUACCCGCCCAACCCUGCUCCGAUGGGACACCCCGGGGGCCCGUCACGGUCACCCAAUCCAUGA